GUUUUGGAGAACAGUAUGAUUGGCUUAACUUUGAAGAUGGAAAGGAGAUGGCCCAAAAAACCAACAAACCAUUGAUGUUGGUUAUUCACAAGACCUGGUGUGGUGCAUGUAAAGCCUUAAAACCCAAGUUUGCUGCCAGUGAGGAAAUUCUAAAACUUAGUAGUAACUUUGUGAUGGUCAAUGUUGAGGAUGAUGAAGAACCAGAAGGAUCUGAAUUUCAACCUGAUGGUGGAUACAUUCCCCGUAUUCUCUUUCUCAACUCAGAUGGCGCUGUUCAAACUGAUCUAUACAACACAAAAGGAAAUCCUAAAUACAAAUAUUUCUACUCUAAUGCAGAUAUGGUUACUACGGCAAUGCAGCUUGCAGCCAAUGACCUUGGAGGAAGCAGAAAUGUAGAGUUGUGACGAGUGGAGGAAAUAGUCCUAAGCUAAGCAAUAAAGCCUUUUAUUAUAAAAUACCACAAGUGAAUUUUUUCAAGUUUAGUUCACUAAGGCACCGCAUCAGAAAUGCUUAUUAGGGUUUCUGCUUCACAGUGGCUUUCCCAUGUUGUUCUAUGCUGAAAUGGGAGGAUUAUCAUGGAAAAGUCACUAAUGGCAUUCCUGCAUAAGGACAUGGAUUGGCGUAACUUUAAUUUGUAUAGCCUGUCUUAAUGUUUAGUUCUAUUUAUUGCUCGAAAAGGAAACAUUUCAUUUCAUUUUCAUAUGUAUUGGGGGUAAUUGUUCAGACAAAGAUUAAACCCCUUAUUUGAAAGAUCACAGCAUUACAACAUGUUAACCCAGUCACUGUGUGAAAAUGCUGCAGUAUAGUAAGGAUGAUAUCACAAUGUAUUCUGUCCAGUAGGGAUGAUGUCACAUUGUUACUCUCAACAAGAUGAAAAUUUAAGAAAAGAGGGUUUGAGUUGGUAUUUUCUUCUAUAUUGCUUAAAGGAAUUAUGAAUUCUAAUUGCCUACAGCCUUCUUACAAAUAAUUUUCUGGGAAUUUUAAAGAAUUUAUUGUAUUUAUUGUUUGAUUUUUUAAAAAUCAAUUUUGCUUAAAGGAAUUAUGAAUUUAAAAGCCUACAAAUAAUUUUACUAGGGAUUUUAGAGAAUUUAUUGUAUUUAUUGUUUGAAUAUGUUUUUUUUCUUCUUCUCUAUUUUGCUUAAAGGAAUUAUGAAUUUAAAAAGCCUACAGCCUUCUCACAAAUAAUUUUACUAGAAAUUUGAGAGAAUUCAUAGUAUAUAAAAUAUCUAAAACAUGGCAGAACCUGAACACUUUGAAUAUGUUUCUGGUGGGGUUCACUAUCUCAUCAGCACCACUGUAGCAGUACACUUUCUUGACAGAAAACCCUAAAACUAUGUAUUACCUUGCAUGAAACAUUUCAAUUUCACUUCAUUAUACUGUUUUAUUAUAUUUUCUUAUGGUAUAAAGAUAGCUUUAUGUUUCAACUAUUGGACACAUGGAUAAGCAUACCGGUAGUUAAGUAUGUAAAAGUUAAGAGAGCAAGUUAGUUAUUCACAUCCUUGUGUUUUACAAUUGACAGUAACAGGUGCUCACUUGAAGGGUGUAACCUUUAUAAAGGUUUAUAGCUUUAUGUUUCAACUAUUGGACACAUGGAUAAGCAUACCGGUAGUUAAGUAUGUAAAAGUUAAGAGAGCAAGUUAGUUAUUCACAUCCUUGUGUUUUACAAUUGACAGUAACAGGUGCUCACUUGAAGGGUGUAACCUUUAUAAAGGUUUAUAGCUUUAUGUUUCAACUAUUGGACACAUGGAUAAGCAUACCGGUAGUUAAGUAUGUAAAAGUUAAGAGAGCAAGUUAGUUAUUCACAUCCUUGUGUUUUACAAUUGACAGUAACAAGUGCUCACUUGAAGGGUGUAACCUUUAUAAAGGUUUAUUUUUGUGGGGCUUCAUGCCAUUCAAUGUUUCUUCACACAACUAAACAAUUAUGUCUUCUUCAGGACUAUACCGUGUGAGUCGGAAAAAACUUGACACCUCACAAAUCCCCAAUUUAAGGGGAAAAAUAUGUCAUGAACGCAUAAGUAUGAUAUAUGGAUGGAAAGAGUAUCUUCUCCAAAUAUUUUGAUUUAUGUGGUAUGUCUUCAAGCUUGGAUAAUCAGUAGGUAUUCUUUGAAGCGAUGUAAACUUUGAUUUGUGCCAAAGUAAAGCAUGGCUGCAAUGAAUGAAUCUAGACGCCAAUGAUAUCAUAAUCCUAAAUGAGUUAGUAAACGUAUUUGCAAAUCCGUUUUCAAUGAAAUUGACUUGAGCAUUCAUACUAAACAGUUUAGUAAAAAUUGAAAAGGUGUUUUGAAAUGGAUUUUAAUGCAGCCCUUGUAGGAUUAUAACAUCAUUGACUUCUGGAUUGAUUCAUUGCAGUCAUGCCUUACUUUGGAGAAAAUCAACAUUUACAUCACUGCAAAUAAUACCUCUUUAUCAUUCAGGGGUUAACACAUACAACAUAAAUAUGGUAUCAAAUUAUUUGAGAGAACAAAUUUUUUCCUUAAAUUGGGGAUUUUUGAGGUGUCAGGUUUUUUUUUUUACUCACAAGGUAUACAUGAGCUACAGAUGGAGUGUACAGCAUCAAAUGUGGGCGAUUCUCAUUUCCAUCUACAUAGUUCAGUGAUGAAAAAUAUUUAUUGCGUAUUAAACAUGUAAGUUAUAAUUUGGUGACUUGAAAGUUUUUAUAUGUGAAUGCAUUGGACUAAUGGUUGUCAUGAAUUUGAUAAAGGUCUGGGUUUAAUACUUCUCAUUAUCUGUUCUUGUGCUUAUGCAAAUAAGUGCUUUGAGGUGCUAUUUGAACUAGAGUAUGCUUAUUGAUUUUCAGCAAUAUAGUUCACCUAUUUUGAAGAAAAAAAAUCAUGGCAGUAAAUUGGAUGUGGUAAUAUAGACAAAAUCAGGGACACCUGUUUCAGUUGUUGUAUAUAGAUGUACAUGUUUGUGUAGAUGGGAGUAUGCAUGAUAUCAAUUGAGAGACCUUGAGUAAUUUGUAAUGGGCACAAAUGUAUGUAUAGGUAUGACACACAUGUGAUGGGCAUAAAACUGUAAUGAUACCAGGGCAGUGGUAAUGAUUUUUUAACAGGGGUGCUGGCUUGAUAGAAAAAAGUGACGACCAAAAAACUUUUUCAAUACAAAAUGAUGGUAAUUUGGGUCAGGAAAAAAUGUACAAUUCUGUUGUCAUUGGGCUACGUCGUGGACUUGAGAGGAUUAAGUCUGUGGUUGAAUCACAAGUCCUGGUAAGAGAAAGAAUAUGAAAAUAAGAAAUUAGUGCCCCAGUAACAGCCAACUUAUGGAGUGAAAUGUAAGAGUAUCAUGCAGUUUUGAAAUUCAGAGACACUACAUUGAUUCAAAUUGUAAAAGAUAUCAAACCAUGUUGUUUGUUUUGUGUAUUGUUGACUUAUUUAUGCUCAGAAUAUCAUGAAUAUGAGUAUUGUAUUUUGUUCAAGGGGGGGGGAUGUUGGAUGAGGCCAUUUAAUAAAACUAAGUUGUGCAUGAAUUUACAGACAACUGGGGGGGGGGGGGGGGGUUUCCACAAAGAUUUAAGUGUGACUUAGAGUCAGGUUGCCUGUUACAUAUCAUGUGCGCGUUGGCAGUUUAGUUCGACUCUAAGUCAUACUUAAACCUUUGUGAAACACCCCUGGUGGUUCCUAUGUGUCAAUGACUGUUAUUCCAAUCAGCUUAAAUUGAAAUCCGAUGUUUUAAUUUUUUGUAUAAUAAGCAUCUUGGUGCAAUUCUUAUUUGAUUAGGGUAAUAAGAAAGUCACUUUUUCCAAAGAACGGGUCACUAGUUGACUGUAAUAUUGAACAAAUUGAAGCUCCUUCCUGGUAUGUGGAUGAAUGUUGAUACCCAAGUUAGUUUCUUGGGAAAUUCCACUCCAAAAAAAAAUGAUUUGAAUAGAAAGGGAUAAAUCAACCCAUCAGUUCUUUACACACCAAUGUGAAGUGCAUAUAAUUAUUUAGAAAAAAAGAAAUUUUUCAAAGAAAUUUUCAGCAUCAUGCUUGCUUGAUUUUUUCACUUUUUGUUUGAAAUUUACUGUUUGUGGGUUGGACUUUCCCCAAGACCCUGUCUACAAAUUUGUUCAAAGAUAUUGUGCAAACAAUUCAACUAAAGUAUUAGGUGUUUUAGCAAAUCAAUGAGUCAAGUGAAAUAGUUGUUAGCUUGGUUUUUAGAAUCAUUUUAUCAAUAGACUCUGGUAAAGUCGUGAUUUAUAACAAGUUUCAUAAUAUUGUCUUCUUCCCUUGAUAUAAAGUGUACCAAUUUAAUAAAAGAGAACAUUGAAAUACAA